AACACGGUAUGGCCGAGAGACAAGAAAAUGAGGUGGAGGAGGCAGACCAGGUUUACCUGUUGAUGAAGAAGGAGUACCGGAUUUCCCGAAAUGUGCGUCUAUCUUGGUUCCUCAGCAACCUCAACCAGGUCAUCCGACCUUCCCUAACCAGUGAUCUGCUGAAGUCUGACAAUGAGCUGGACGUGCUCGGUAUCCUCCCUAAAGGAUGUCAGCCGGACAGCGCCUCCUCCUCGCUCCCGUUUCUCCUGGUGCCCUCCACCCAGGUCACUUUCCUGGCCCGCCGAUACCGCUUCAUCAUCGAGCUGGAUCUCAGCCCCUCCACGGGGAUUGUGGACGACAGCACGGGGGAGAUGAUAUUCGAUGAGGUCUUCCACGCCUUGUCGCGCUGCCUCGCCGGAUUGGCUAGACCCUUCAAAGUGCCUGGUACUGAUCUGCUGUUCCAGCCGGAGAUCUUCGUCACCAUCCUCGCCUAUUCCUCCAUCGUCGGGCUCAGCUCUCACCAGGUUUUGGUGCAGGGCUGUCAGUUAGACUCCACAGACUUGGACCAGUUUCUCCAUCGGAUCUACCAGCAGCUCAGAGCAGUGGAAAACAGCAUCGCUGAAGUUCUCCAGCAGCAGCACCAUCAGUGUGAUGGUUCCUCCCUCUAUGCUGAUCCGUCGGAGGAGCCCCCCCAGAGGAAGCCAGGCGUUUCCAUGGUGCCGGCGGACGUGGGGCUGGUCAGUAUGGUGAGGCAGGGGAUCCUGGCCCUCCAGCUCCUGCCUCCAAACUCCAGUGCAGGGAUUAUAAUUAUCACUGAUGGGGUGACCAGUGUGCCGGAUGUGGCUGUGUGUGAGGCUCUGUUAAACCAGCUGAGGAGUGGAACCAUCGCAUGUUCUUUUGUCCAGGUUGGAGGAGCAUACUCGUACGACUGCAGUUUUGGUUAUAUCCCUAACGUGGAGCUGAUGAAGUUCAUCUCCAUGGCGACCUUUGGUUCCUACCUGUCCACCUGCCCUGACCCUGACCCUGAAUGCCAGGAGAUGAACACUUACCACAAGGCUUUUCUCACCUACUCCUUCCUCAGGACCAGUGAGUCCAUGAACCCAGACUACUACUGCUUCUCCCAGCAUAAACUCUUUAACGAGCACCUGGUGUCGGCCAGUGGAAAUCCGGCUCUUGUGAUGCGGCGGAAGAAGCACACAGAGAAGGAAGUGCAUGCCAACCUUGUCAGCGUGGUGUCUGUCAGACUGAGGGAGGGCUACAGCAUCCGAGAGAUUAAUAUCACCAAAGGGGGCACCCAGCUGGAGGUGAAACUGGUGUUGCUAUGGAAACACAACAUGCGCAUCGAGUAUUUGGCGGUGGCAUCGUGGCCCCUGGAGAUGGACAAGCGCACGACGUGGGUGGAGGUGACGAUGGAGGGCAGCUACGACAUCCUGCACGACAUCAGCUGCACCAUGAGAAAGCCCAUCACCAGCCCGUACCGCACCUCCGUCAUACGUCGCUUCUGGAACACGCUGCAGAGCAUAAACCAAACAGACCAGAUGUUGGUCCAUCUGCAGUCUUUUAAUUCCAUCCCAGAACAUUAUACAAUCCCAGAGAGCACUAAGAAUGGCGUACCGCUCUUCUAUAUUCCCCCGGGAUCCACUACACCUGUCCUCUCCCUGCAGCACAGCGGCUCAAAAGACUCCAGCCAAUCACAGUUCGCCUCUUACUGGAAGCCCAUUCUCUCUAUGGAUGCCAACUUCUGGCAGCGAUGGCUACACAUGCACCGGAUUACCAUCAUCCUGGAGCAUGACAUGCCUGUGCCAAAGCAUGUCCAUAAUGCAGGCAGUAAUGGGCGUUUCAGUACCGUUCAGUGUCGGAUCUCUCACUCUGCCCUCACCUCCCUGCUCAGAGACUGGAGUAGCUUUGUCCUGGUGGAAGGCUACUCUUAUGUCAAACUCAUAUACAGCGCUUCCGACCAGCCCCCCACCUCCUUUUACCUGGUGCGUCUGAUCUCCAAAGCCCCCUGCAUGGUGCUUCGUCUAGGCUUCCCCAUAGGAACAUUGGCUCAGACCAGAAACAAGAUUGUAGACGAGCUUCGGGAGCAGAUUCUGCGGCUCCGUUUUCCCCAUCGCAUUCAGAAUAAAGAGGCCACCCCAAAGACCAAAAGGAAGAUCCUGGGUAACGCCUCACCCUCUAAAUCACCCCCUCCACCCGUGGCUAAGUCCGCCCUGUCUGACCGACCCUGUGUUGUACUGCUUAACAAACCUCUGGAGAAACUACUGAUCAGGUACGAAAAGCUCCCCAUGGACUUCCGCGUACCGUUCAUCCUCAGCCUGGAGCCCUUCUCCCAGCCGCCCGGUACGUCUGCCCCCCUCAGCGUGGCCGUGAGCCGCACCGCCUCCUCCACGCUGGCCUCCCUGUCCCGCUACUUCCUGCACCAGCGCUGGGUGUGGACGGUCCAGAGCAGCCCAGGAGCAGCCAUAUCGCUGCAGGCCGUCGCCCACAUCCUCUCCAUGCUCUCUGAGAUUCGUCUGUCUGAAGGUUUCCAUUUCGCUGCUAGUGGAGAGGGUAUCGUCAGUAUGGUCACCGAACUGCCCAUGAAGGUAAAAGAAAAACUUUUUAUUUGAAAUAUUGUGCCUGCUGCUUUGGACAGAGACGGUCAAACGUGUAUUGUCCAAUACAUCCUUUUCCCACCCCACUCCACGACCACAAAGGACAGUUUCUCCACAGAUGAUGAUAAUGACACAGAGGUGGAGGCCAUAGAUGUUGACACAGAGCUGAACCUGGUGACGGAGUGCUGGGUGGAGCCGCAGAGUGGAACUGUGUGUAGUCCUCUGGACCAGCAGCGCCACUUCCAGAACCUUACCUACCAGGAGAUACCUCAAGCAAUUUUUCCUCGUGAUCUUGGCUGUAUGUCCACCAUGAUGACGUUAGAGUACCUUGUUCAGCUUUGUCAGAAUAAAGAGCAGAUCCACACUCUCAAUGGGGUCAAGGACUCAACGGGGGGUGAAGCUUCUCCUCUGGCCGCCGGCGCCGACGAGUGCAUCCACACUGUGCCCUUCCAGUUUGAUCUGAUGAAGCUGCUGCCCAAAUGUCAACAGAUUGAACUCUUCUUCCUCGCUCUUAGCAAAGUGGACAGCGAGGACACGUCGCAGAGUGCCCCUUGUCUGCCCAACGAACUCCUCCUCAGCCUCUUCCACAACUCCUUACAGCAUGAACUCAGUGACCGAGAGAUCCCAUUGGCCGAUGGAGAUCACGUGACCUUUAUGCAUCACAUCUUGGAGAGGGAGAGAGAUGGACAUGUAGCUCCUUUCUCUCUUCCAGUCAUUAAAGAGGAGAGUCUCAGACCACCUGAGAGGCAGGACACAGUGCUGUCAUUUCACACUAUAGGGAGCAGUAAGGAGGUGACUGGUUCCACCAGCACUCUACAGAGUUUCAGUAAUGCAGAACUGGCAGAUGAAGAGCCGGUUGUAGUUGUAGAGAAUGACUGCUCUACCCCUCAGUGGAAGUGUUACGGCAAAUAUAUCAGCCCUCAGCAAGUUCUGCUCACCUUCCUCCCUGCCACAUUUACAGAUGUCCAAUUAUUGAUGUCAUCUGGCUUGGAAACUGAACCACCAAUCACUGGUGGUCACCAAGAGGAAGCAGAUGCCCUCAGUCAAUGCAACAGCCAGUGUCAAACAGAUGUCAACUUUGACUCCACCAAUGGGCAAGAGUGGGUGGAGCCUGUGAUAGAAGAAGGAGCCAGUCAGCAGGGGGGAGCCUCUGUCAGUGGGCAUUCAGGUUCCCUGGGUAGCCCAAUGACGGAGCAAGUGAACUUUGAGAACCGAGACACUGAGCCAGCCAAUGAAAGCGCAGGCCCAGAUGUGGAGGAGAAAGAGGGGGUGCAGUUUGCAGAGCCACAGAAGAGAGAUUUCCAUAUAACGUUCAGCAGACAGGUGUCCCAGCAGAGCACAGGGGAAAGCGUCCGCCCUCGCUGCCCUGUGUACAUCUACAACUGUUCACUGGAGUCCCUGAAGGAGCAGCUAAUACAUCCACACACCUGCCGACAGCCUCGGGACAUUUUCUUCAGACCUCAAGAUGCAGACUCCUGGGAGCUCUAUCAGCAAAUGAAGUACAGGUCUCUCUCUCAGGAGCGUAGCAGUGCUGCCUCCUGGACUGAGCUGAUGGCUCAGCCUCACAAGCACAAAGAACUGGCCAACUACUGUAGUCUGCUCCAGGAACACUACCACCAAAGCUACGUAAAAGGGGUAUUCCGGAGCCUGCAGCAGUCCUACAACAUUUGUUCUCAGGACAUUCUGACCGCCAUGGACUACUGCGAGGAAUCCCUGCAGGAGAUCGACAUUACUUCCUUCCUGCAGACACUCUGCGGACACAUCCGGGUCUUCCGGGAACGCCACGAGCUGCAGGGCUUGCCUGCGAUGCCCAGGCAGCCGGCCACCUUCAUCAUCGGAGAGGGAGAGGAGGAAGGGACAGACAGGGCCACCCUGGUCUCCUCAUCCAGUGUGGAGAUGGAGGACCUCAGUGAGGCGGAGUCUCGGGGAAAACCCUCUGCCCCCACCUCCCCUCUGGCACUGGACGAACCCACGUCGCCAAGAAUCCCAGAAUUCCCCCUCUCGCUGCUGCAGUCCCAGCAGAAGUGUGAGGUUUAUCCAGACCUUCACAAAAUCAUUCAGGACAAAUUCAUGGAAAUAGGUGCUCAGUAUUUCAAGACCGUGCCUUCUAACCCACACUACUUUUUCUACUGCCCUCCUUCAGCUAAGAAAGAGGACUCAAUCGGAGAAGAGCAACGGAGACCCAGUUUGGAGUGUGAAGUGUCAGAGGCUGAGCUUGCCACAGAGGACGAGAAUGUAUCCGGUUGCUGCAUCGUGACUGAGAGCGACACCGACCUGGAGGUGGAGUAUCAGGAGCGCGGGAGUGGAAAGGAAGAGGAUGGAGCAGAGGAAGGUGGCAAGGAGAACGAGUCUCUGUCAGACUCCAACACGGUGAACCAGGAUGAGGACUCCUUCAGUAUCCUGGAGGGCGAUUCGCUCCUCGAACCCGAGGGUCCGCAACCCGAGAUGCCUCCUCUCUUUGUCCACCUCACCUGCUCGGUCAACAUGAAGAGCUGCCACGGGUCCAUGCCCAUACAAACACUGCCCACCUGUCUUGGUGAGGUCAUUUCUUGUCUGGAGAAUGCAGAGUCUCUUCAGUCAGUGGGUUUGAAUGAACUAUCUGUUACUCUAGACAUCUUUGUGUUAACACUGCCCCUGGAGAUCGAAGUCAUGGCUCCUGACUUCAGCCACAACAGGUAUACGUCCGAGAGCAGCGUGUCCAUGAAUCGUUCCCCUGGGCAGCCGUCGUCUUACCGCUCAGAUGAGGAGCUGAUGGGUCAUCUGAACGGCCUACGAGGCGUCGGCAUGGAUGGUGUUUCAGGAGAUCCUCUGUCCAAACUGCCAGUUCUUCACAAACAGGCUGUGUUAGCCACCAUGGAUGAGAUCCGCUGGCUGUUGGAGGAUGAGAUUGUAUCUGCUCUGCGCCACUCUCGCAUAAUAAAUGCCUCCACGUUGCAGAAGGUGGCCAAACACGUGUACCGCUCAAGUGGGCGACCACGGUGCCACUAUGAGGUUGUGCCCCUCCAGUUUGUGUUUGGGCCAGAGCAGUCCUUGGAGAAAUUCAAAGAGGAGUUCAGAAGGUUGUCAUUCACGGGAUACCUGCUUAACUCGGAGCAGGACAGCUUCUACUAUAUGUCCACUAGCAGACACCACCCUCAAAGGCUCCAGGCUGCUCAGAGGCUCUCUGAGAGUGCUGCCUACUCCACAGAGGCGGACACAACGACGCAGCCAACCAAUCACUGCCCUGAAGGAGAUGAUGGCUUCAAAGGCUCGGCCAAUACCAGCACUCCUGGGAAAGAGCUGGACAGCGAGGUUGAGAGCGAGGAGACGAAGCCUGAGGAGGAGGUGGAAGGAGGGACUGUCGACUGUGAAUCGGUCUCAGAUCAGCCUGAUCCGGUCAAAAGCAGGCAGGGUGACCCCGACGAAGUGCGCCCCCAGAGUGCGGUCAGCAGGACGGUCAACCUGCAGGCCGGCAGUAGCACUGACCGCUCUUCAGAACAGACGUCCCCGCCCAAAACCCCUUCUGCCGUCAGCCUAGCCGAGUCUGUGCAGUCCGUUACGCACAGCAGUGGGAAGUUGAGACCUAGCCGUAUUCAGAGCGCCGUCUCCAGCCAGGGAAGCCUGGAUUCAGACAUGCUGGGUUAUGAUGGAGGCAGCAGUGACUCUGAUUGUGAGGGUCCCACCAUGGAGGAGCAGGAAACUCAGAGACGACACCUGCCUGAUUUCUGGCUCAUCAUUAAAAUCCACCAGGACAGAGUGGAGGUCUUCUCCCACUCAAGGAGUUUUAAUGGAGAGAAGGAAGAGAGAGAAGGAGGAAGAGACGAAGAAGAGGAGGAGAUUCCAGAGUACUUGCGUCUUCAUCAGCUGGUGGUGAGGAAGAUUGGGGAGAUCUGUCGCAUUGUGAACCAGCGCCUCCUCCUACAGGACCUGCACGACAGCCACGUGUGUAACUCUCUGCUUGUGGCCGAGAGCGAAGAAGACAUCUGGAAGAAUGAGACGCUGUACAAGCCAAGGAUGGUCAACUCUGACGACUACAAUGCAGAUGAGAGUUAUCAGCCAAGGGAUUACUUGGCUGCCACUAUGCAGUUUGUCCCUGGGCAUUUUGCCUGCGACGUGGUCUGGAGCACCGUCAUACACAUUCACCCUCGUCUCAAAAUGGGACCUAACAUGGGCGUGUCCAGAGCCAUCCAGGCUCUGCGCUCAGUACUCAGUGCCUUCUGUGUGGUCAACCGCAAGAACAUGUUUGUUUAUCAGGAGCGCACCACCAAGUCCGUCUUCUACCUCAGACUCUCGGAGACCUCGCAGACCGGGAAGUAUUCCGACCUAGAUGGGAACUUGCACACAUCUCGCUCUGUGGGCUUGGCUCGGAGCCAGGAGCCGCUGUACUCCGAGGACCUCUCGGGUUCCCGGUCAUCUCUUGAAGGUUCUAGGCCUGUGGGACAGGUGGACAAACACAUUUUAUUACUGGUCCAUGGAGUGGGGAGUGCAGGUCCUGAGAUAACAGAUGAGCUGGUGAAAGUACUGAGGAAGCGUUUAGACGAGGCCACGCUGGACAUCAUCACUGUAAUGCUUGUUAGAAACUGCAAACUCACCCCAGCAGAUGUGGAGUUCAUCCAGCCACCUGCUUCUCCAGCCACAGAGGUGAUGGUGUUUGCCCUGCCUCAGUAUUGUCUGCCCUGGAUCCCUGCUGUGGCCCAUUACCUUCGCCAGAACCUGCUUAUCUUUCUCCACAUCCCCAAAUACACUGACAGCAACAUGGAGCACCACUUUAAGCACCACUUCCACUUAAGCAGCGAGUUUCCCGACGCAGAUAUCUACCUCUACAAUAAACCUGGAGGCCAGGGGACAGGAGGGAAAGGUACCAUGUCGGAGCUCGUUCAGAACCUCUUCCCACCCUCCCAGUUCCAAGGCAUUGCCUGCAUUGCCCUGUCGUUUGUGGAUGCUCAAGGCUGCCCCCUACAGGUGCCACUGCAGGAUAGCGCUGCACCGCUGAGGGCAGGUGUCCCAGCUAUUUCCCUCCAGUCUGAGCAGUUUGAUGCCCUGACCACGGUUGUCAAGUUGGACACUCCCUCUCAGAGCACAGGUUUGCAGGUUUACGUCCGUUUCGACAUCUGGGAACAGGGUAACGUAAGUCCACUCCAACUGACGGACAAAUUACGAGGAGCCCUUCGCCAUGCGCUCUGUGAUGUCAUAAUGGAGAUGAGGGUCCUGCCCAAUCCUCUUUGUCUCGAGACAUUUUGCCUACCCACUGCCAGACCACGAGAAGACAGUAUGGGGUUGAGUCUACCUGCACCUGAGAAUAAGGAUGUGAAAGACAGCCCACGUCAGUUUAGUGCCACACAUGGGACGAGGAGCAGCCCCUCUCCUAUAACCCUCAUCCCAGCACUCAGCACCACCCCCACGACAGGAGGCGGCACCCCUGAAUCCACCACUCCGACUGGCAAGUCUACGAGACGCAGCUUCUGGGAGAUUCUGAGCAAACCGGAUUCCUCCGAACUGGGAAGCCCAAAAACGACGGACGACAUCGUGCAGGAGCGAGGGGAGGACAGUCGCGUCGGCCGGCGGAGGCAUAAGACGGAGAGCGUGAAGCAGCAGUGGAGUCAUGAGAGAGCCAUGGCUGUAGAGCUUGAGCAGGCACAGAGGAGGCAUGUUGCCCAGUUAGAGGAGGGGGAUAUCGGUACCUUGCACCCCAUCUACCAGUCCACCUGCCAGGCCUGGGUGGCAUUUAUGGCAAAGCUUGGUUGUCCAUCUAUCCAACAGUGCACAGUGGAAAUAGCCUCCCACUUUCUGUUGCCCUCCAUCCUCACUGAGAUUGUCAAUCUGGUCAGCUCGCUGGCCAGUGACACCACCGUCAAAGUGUUUGAGAGAACUAGCUGUGCUCAGGGAGACAUGUUUGUGCCCUUGUCUGUGAUUCACCACACCAGCCAACCACCUGGCACCAUCAGAAACUUUGUUCUCAUUGGCCGCAAUUUCCACCAAUGGCAUUGCAGCAUGGAACAAGAAGACAGUUCAGAUGAGGAACUCAACCCUGUGCUUAAUAGGUUCACACCUCAUAAGGGCCUGCAGCGCUUUGAGGCAUUGGAGCACAGCGAUUGGCUGAGCCCAGGACAGGCCUGGAGGGGCGUGGCUCCUCGACAGAGGUUCCUGCAUAUUCACAUCAUAGAUAAGAAGGUGACACUCUACACCUAUAACUGGUCGGUGGAUCUGGGUGCGUCUCUGAAUCGCGGACUGGUCAGGCUGAUCCAGUGGCAGAACGCUCGCGCCCAUGUGGUUAACUGCCUCCUGAGUCAGAAAAUGGGCCUUUUUCAUCACUACUGUUUCUCUGACACGCCUGCUCAGGAUGACCUGAAACAGCAGGACCCAAACCCUUUCCUGAACUCUACCAUAGAGGCGGAGGCUCUGCUGCGUAGCCCAGUGCCUCCUGUGCCAGGUAAGGACCAGGCUCGACUGGGCGGCUCCGGCCGCAGCCUGCUGCCCCUGUCCUUCCCCGGGGAGCUGAUGCCCUUUGACGAGGCUCUGAGGGACGUGAACGUAGCCCGGCCCCUUUCGUGCCAGGACGGCGCAGACAUAGUGGCACGGCACGGCGCCCAGUUACUGGACGUCAAAGCCGCGGAACGCAGAGAAAUGGAGAAGCAGAUGAAGAUCGAGAACUUGUUUGUGACCUGGCAGCAGAGGUCGGCCCAAUCCAACAUGCCCAUCUCAGCUACAGACCUGGACACUCUGAAACACUCUUCCCGAUUGGUCCAUUACUGUGCCACUCCUCUGCUCUUUGACUCCGUCUUCAGAAAGCAGAUUCAGGAAGAACAGAUCAUCCAGCCUCAAAUCAAGAAGCGGCACCGCUCCAGCGACUCGACGGCGUCUGGCCGUGACCGCAGCUACAGCACCGACUCGGCCGACAUGCUCCCCGGGCGGCUGAAAGAGGAACCCUGGCUGCAGGACAUCUCCAACACCUUCCUCCAGCAGUACGUCCAGUACCUCCAGAGCAUGGGCUUCAUCCUGGUACAGGUCCGACCCCAAUCGCCAGCCCGCAGCAUCGCUCGCGCUCGAGCCGCGAUGCUAAGUUCCCUGUCUACAGAGGGCAGGGCCUCUUUCUCCUCUUUUUCCUACAACAAACAGAAGAGCGAAGACAGUCCCAAGCAGAACAGUGCCUCAAACACUACCACCUACCACCUCCAGAGGGCACUGCCGGGAGGCAUAGUGUUGAUGGAACUGGCAUUUCAGGGAUGUUACUUCUGUGUGAAGCAGUAUGCGCUGGAGUGUUCACGGAUUCCCAUGGGACAAACCGUUAAUUCCCAGGCCUCUCUCCUCACCAAACCGCGUAGCAAGCUGUUCCCUGACACCGCCUCAGGCUCAGACACCGCGUUGUCCAUGCUCUUCACGGAAGAGUGCGAUAAGGUUCGGGAUCUGAUGCACGUGCACUCCUUCAGCUACGACUUUCACCUGCGCGUGGUCCACCAGUACCUGCUGGGCAGCCACAUGACUUUAAAACAGGGCUACCAACUUACCAACUUUCUGGAGGACUUCAUCGCUCAUCAUCCCGACAUUCCCAAGUUUGGACGGAACCACGUCUUCCAGGGGAGUUUCUCCGUUUCUACUGGGAUGAUCACUGCUCACCAGCUCUAUAAUUACAUCACUGACCAUGCGGGCACCUAUGGCAUGAAGCCCCUCCGUAUGUCCAAAGCUGCUGUUACCACCGACAACAAGAAGGGGGCGCCGAAUGCUGACCUCCACGAGUAUGCCUUGGUGGCUCUCUGGAACAGCUCAGGCACCUACAAAGACUUGGAGGGUUUGCGUCACCAUGAUGAUUUCGACGUGUCCCUGCUGGUUUGCCAUAACGCUGCUCCAUUUGAGGAACAGUCGGAGGCGGAGAGGCACCUGUUGAGGCUACGUUUUUACGUCAUAAUGACCAGCCAGCGCGAACUGUUCCCGAGGCUGACAGCCGACAUGCGACGCUUUAAGAAGCUGCCGCAAAUCCACCGAGACCACGGGGACCCAAGUGGGCGUCGUUCGCCUCUAGAAUGUCUGGAGUCGGGCGGGGCCGGGCGGGAUCCUGAACCCGACCUGUGGGAGGAGGGGUCAAAUUCUACCGCGACCUCCGUGGCCACCAGUCCUGCUAAUGAUGCUGGAGAGUCGUACCUUUGCAUGGGUCCGGUGGGAACCUCCGAGGAGGAUUCCACAGGGCUGUUCUACCCCUCCUCAAUGUUUCCGUUGCUGAAUUCGGAGGUGUGCACGGCGCAUAGGCGGAUUCAGAGCAGCGUGGAGCAGGCUAUGGGCCACUGUCGCAGGGAUAACCUUUGGAGAAGGCUCUUUCAUGGGGAGCACCCAGCGUUGGAUAAGCUCAAACUCAGUAAACUGGCCUUCGGUGAACUGGAGGAGCUGCUGGAGUCCGUGCAGAGCCGCUCUGUAGCCGAGAUUGACCCCCAACUGGACUGUUUCCUGACCAUGAGCCCUGGCUGGUACCACAGUCUCAUCAAAGUCUUGCUGUCGCGCUUUCCUCAGAGCUGCAGGCAUUUUGUGGAUGACAGCGGCAUUCAGUAUCUGGCUGUCCUGAAUCAGAAAUUCACCGACUGCUUCGUCCUGGUCUUCCUUGAUUCUCAGGCGGGAAAAACUAGUCUCAAGGUUGUUUUCAGAGAGCCGUUGCCAUCACAACCACACCCUAGCAACAGCCCUCCACCUCAGCUUGUGUCCAUGUACCACCACCUGGAGUCUGUGAUCAACACCGCAUGCUACAAUCUCUGGACAGGUCUGCUGUAGGACGCGCUCCUGACAGUGCAAGUGUGGAGGUGGAGAUGUUUUC